AUGUCUACCCUCAUCCGCAAUGCCCGCAUUUUUGACGGCUUCUCAACCGUCUCGGAAAGCGGACACGUCCUGAUUGAAUCUGGUCGCAUUGCAGCAAUCUCCCUAAAGCAGCCGCUCUCUGCACCCGAGGGAUGUGCCGUGGUUGAUGCUCAAGGCUGUACCUUGUUACCAGGACUCAUCGAUGCUCAUGUUCAUGUCUUCCAGGAUGUCCAUCUCAUCGAAACGGCUAUCAAGUAUGGUGUGACCACGGUGCUUGAUAUGCAUAACGAGCGCGAAUGGUUCAAGGAGAUAAGUGCAGUUACGCGCCAACGAAACGAUGUGUCGGAUGUCAAGUCUUGUGGGAGUGGUGCGACGGUCAAGAAUGGGUGGCCGUCCGCGAUUUUGAGACUGGUAUCUCAAGAGGAAAAUGUCGAGGAGCGUAUAUCCAAUUGGCCCAACAUUCACGACCAGCAAUCUAUCGACGAGUGCAUAGCACUCAACAAAGCAGUGGGCGCAUCUUUCACGAAGCUUAUGCAAGAAGAUGGCCAUACAAUGAAAAUUCCUUUCCCGGAACGUCCUCUUCCAACGCCAUCCCUCGAACUACAAAAGAUGGUCGUAGAGGCAUCGCACAAGGCGGGCUUUGUCGCUGUUGCUCACGCUCUUUCCAACCACUCAACCUUGCAAGUCCUGCGUGCCGGCGUCGAUGGCUUGGCACAUGCGUCAAUCGAUCCUGUCACUGAUGAGAUUGUUCAAGCUUUCAAAGAGAGCAAUGCCUUUGUUGUCCCUACACUUGUAAUCCACGCAUCCUCAAGUGGCGAAGAGCAAGAGACUCGCGAGAUAUUUUCGAAGCAUCUUCACGGAGCGGACCGAGAACACGCGAUUGGAUGUCUUCCCAUUACCGCAGAUCAAUUUACCAUCAACAAUGUAUACAAUCAAGUGAUUGCUCUCAAGGAGGCUGGCAUCGACGUAUUGUGUGGUACGGACACGGCCGGUGAUCUCCCCGGUACUCGACCUGGCAUGUCAGUACAUCAGGAGCUAUGGAUGCUGGUGAAUCGAUGUCGCUUCACUCCCAUUGAAGCUCUCAUCUCAGCGACUUCCAACAUUUCGAAGCGAUUUCAUCUGGCCGAUCGCGGGGUGAUUGAGGAGGGUCGUCUCGCAGAUUUACUUUUGGUGUCGGGGAAUCCAACCGAGUCCAUUGAGGCAAUUUGUGACGUGAAGAUUGUUUGGAGGAACGGUGAGAGAGUGGUCGACAACUAA